AUGGUUAAAUUAUUAUUGUUGUUUUCAAUAUUAAUUGGUAUUAUAUUACCAAUGGAAUGUUUUUUAGGUGGAAUAAGACGCACAUGUCAUUGUAAAUCUGUUUCGGAUACGGUUCAUUUUCCAUUUCAUAAAUGGAAAAUUUCAAGUUGUGCAUUUUGUACGUGUAAUAAUCCAGCUAUGUCUAAUUGUGAACAAGCAUGUCAAGAUAUGGUUAGAAAUUAUGCUAAUACAGGUUGUGGAAAAACAAUACGAGGUUCAAAAACUGUUUAUAAAUAUGAUGCAGGUGGAUGUGGAAAAGGUGUUGGAAAAGAACGUCGAAUUGGUGUUCUGUUGCCGUCAUCAUCACCAUCACUAUCACCAUCACCAUCAUCAUUAUCAUCAUCAUCAUCAUCAUUAUGA